ACAGACUCAAAGAAGAUCCAGCUACAUCACAAGCCUCCCCACGAGCCAGACGCUAAAGGGAGAGACCAGAAACAAAGGUGCAGAGAAACUUUGAGUAAAUGCCGACAUUUGCCCAGGAUCAGACUAUUCCCAUGCAUUUAUUUCCACCACAUUGCAAAGCCAGAAUCAUGCAGGAAUCGUUUGCUGUCCAUUUCCUUAAGGUGCUGAAGGAACUCCUGGCUUUUGUACUGUUCAGUUACACAGUGCUGUUAGGGGCCCUGCUGUUGGCUGGCUGGACCACUUAUUUCCUGGUGCUUAAGUGACAGCUCAUGUUUUCCACCAGCAGCUUACAGAUGGAGCCCAGAUGUACUGUUAUCCAACACCCAAUCAAUAAACACAAUUCUGUUUCUAUUCUAGAGACUCGA